GUCAACAAGAAGAUUCUGGAUGGGAAAGGGGUCAGCGUGGAUGAAGGUGGUGUGAAGGUGAAGCUAAGGCUCAAUCCGCAGCGCGGACGGUCUACAGCUGAUCUGGACCCCCCUCUGGCUGGUAUCAUCGACGCGAUGGCAGAGAGGAAGCUCGUCACUGUCUCCGCGGCCAAAGGGUACGCAGCUUUGAAGAAGACGCUGUUGCGAGCAGCCUGGUACACCAUGACCAGAGUGUAUUGGGAAAAGUGGGCAUUCCACAUCAUGGAGCGUGACCAUACCAGCCUGCCUGAGAUCGAGAAUAGAGCGAAGACGCUCUGGGAGAUUUUGUUAGGCGAAGGCACGCCCAACCCCCACCGGGGGCGGCGCUUCCUCAUCAACUGGAGCAACGGGGAGCUCUGCGAAGCCACCUCCGAAGGC